UAGGGGGAAAGGGCGUGUGCGAGGGAAAAUCGUUUUCAUCGCCUGUUUUCGAACCGUUUGAUCUUUUGUUUCCCCCCUCCUCCUUCCUAUUUUCUACGUGCUCUCUUUUGUUCAUUCAGGGGCGAACGAUUCGAGGGGGGAGAAAGGGAAGACAGGAGGAGAAGAGAAGAAGAAGGGUGUGGUGGACGGAGAUACCAUGGCAACGCGACGAUUGUUAGACGGAAAUCCUCGAUGAGAAGUAGAUCCACGAUAUUAUUUCCGACGGCGAGAAGUGCAACGAAGAAACGAUUCGAUCUCGAUCGAGAAGAAGAAGAAGAAGAAGAAGGAAGGGGUGGUGAAACGAACGUAGCCGAGAAUCGAAAUUCGACUUGUGAAAAAUGGCCGAGAAGCAAGAAUUCAAGGUUCUCUUUCGAAGGAGAUGGCCUCAGUAUAUUGGCGCGAUCUCAGCGUGCAUGGGUGGAUUUUCACUGGGUUGCGGUAUCGGAUGGAGCGCGCCAUGCGUUGAACUUUUGAAAGAGGUGCACAUGUACGACAUAUCCGCGAUCGCCUUGAUCGCCGCGAUUUUCCCGUUGGGUGCGGCUUGCGGAUUGCCAAUUGUGCCAUUCCUGAUCGACAAGAUCGGUCGAAAGUGGUUGAUGCUCUCUCUGAUUCCGGCCUUCAUCCUCGGCUGGGUUUUCAUCAUAAUCGGUGUUUCCGUGUUCGCCCUUCUGGUCGUAGGAAGAUUUCUCACCGGCGCCUGUGGUGGGAUGUUUUGCGUCAUAGUGCCCAUGUACUCCGCGGAGAUUUCAGAGAAACAAAUCAGAGGUACUUUGGGUAUAUUCUUCCAAUUAUUGCUCGUGAUCGGAAUCCUGUACGCUUACUGCUGCGGAUACGCUAGAAACGUCGUUACCACGACAGGUCUUUGUUUAGUUGGUCCAAUUCUGUUUGUUAUAAUGAUGAUAUUCAUGCCCGAGAGUCCUAUGUUUUACAUGGUAAAACGCAACGAGGAGGCUGCCAAAAAAUCGAUGAGAUUCUUCCGAGGACCGGAUUACGAAGAAAUCGACGAUGAGCUCGCUAUAUUCAAAGAACAAGUAGAGAAAAGCGCGCUCCAGCAAGUGACAUUCGACGCGUUCAUGAAGAAAGCUGUGCUGAAGACGUUGGGGAUCGCUUAUGGGCUGAUGUUCGCCCAACAAUUCAGCGGUAUCAACGCGAUCAUAUUCUACAGCGAGACGAUUUUCAAGCUGACCGGCGUCGAUCUAGAUCCCUUGCUGCAGAUGGUGGUGUUCGCGGUGGUCCAGGUGAUCGCUUGCGUCAUAGCUGCUGCGCUGAUCGACCAAGUGGGCAGAAAAGUACUUCUGGUAAUAUCUUUUGCGGUGAUGUGCAUCUGCCUGAUAGGUCUGGCCGUGUUUUUCAUCAUAAAAGAAAGCAAUCCGCCAGUAGCCGACUCUCUAUUUUGGUUACCGCUCUUUUGCGCUUGCUUGUACAUCCUGUCCUUCUGCCUGGGUGCCGGUCCUAUACCGUGGGCCUAUAUGGGAGAGAUCUUUCCUACCAAGUUAAAGGGGACCGCUUCCACUUCCGCAGCAUUGUUCAACUGGAUAUUGGCGUUUAUCGUGACCGUGUCGUUCUCGAGCGUGGUCGAGGCUGUCGGGAUGGCACCUGUCUUCUUCUUCUUCGCGUUGAUCUGCGCUUUGAGCGUGGUUUUCGUGAUCUUCCUUUUGGUCGAGACAAAAGGGAAAACUUUCACCGAGAUACAGAGGGAGUUCGGUACCUUCGAAAUCGAGGAAUAAAAAAAAAUAUAUAUAUAUAUAUAUAUAUUGAAUAAAAAUAUAUAUCGAAUAUCUUUGAACGAGAUCUCCAAGAGAUUUAUCGCUUUGUGAGCGAAAAUGAAAAAAUAUAUAAAAGGGAAAAAAAAAUAUAUGGAUGAUAUAAAAAAUAAUCAUUGCCAUUGUAUAAUGCCAUUGUAUAAUAACGAUGGAAAUUUUUGUUUUCUAAAAAAAAGA